AUGGAAAAAGAACAGCCACCGAUGGAGGCAGCUCCCCCGUACCCUGGUCCUCCUCUAAACUACGGGGGCAAUAUGCAACCACCAGGGUACCCCCAGCCCGGCUACGCCCCCCAGGCCGGCUACGCCCCCCAGCCAGGCUACGCCCCCCAGCCCGGCUACCCCCCCCAGCCCGGCUACCCCCCCGCUGGGCCUCCACCUGCUACCUAUCAAGGAGGUGUUCCUUAUACUGCGGCCACAGCUGUACCUGUCACCACAGUGACUCACAUGAUAGUGAGACCGACCCUCCACGACGUCCCGGGACAGACGGUGUGUCCUCACUGCCAGCAGACUGUGAUCACGUCCACAGAGCACCGAGCGGGCCUGCUGACCUGGGCCAUCUGUGGGGGCCUCGCCUUCUUCGGGUGUUUCCUUUGCUGUUUUAUCCCGUUCUGCAUCGACUCCUGUCAGGAUGUGGAGCAUCGCUGCACUAACUGCCAGAAACUCGUCUACGUAUAUAAGCGAAUGUGAAAAUGACUGUGAAUGGAGCAGAAGACCUCCGUGCCUAUCUGCAGCCUUACUUCUUGAUUGUUUUUUUUAAAUAUACUGAUCAAAAUUGUUAUACAAAAUUCACUAACGCCAGUUCUUUGUCAUUGUACGACUUUUUCACACUAUAAUGAUAUUUACGCACCACUGUGGGAAGUUAUAGUCAGCAAUCAGUUAAACAUUUAUAUUUUAUUAAACAAAGUGAUAUAAACCAAACAAACAUGUCAAUAAAAACAAUGAA